AUGUCAUCCUCGAAGAGAAAGCGAACAUUCAAUCCCCCUCCAAUCACCCCACGAACCUCAAAGCUGAGGCGGAACUUUGACGCCCAGGCAAUCAGUGAACCGCCUUACUCCCAGAAAACCUCAGCCCCUCGAUCCUCACAUUCAACUGCACGCCAAUUGAGGACACCAUUUCAAACAGAAACACACCCCGAAGGUGAUCAACCAGACAGUAUCCCCGAUGACGACCUGGGUCAUGUAAUCGCCGCCGUCGACCUAAAAGACUACGGGACGGUAGGAUGCGCUUACUACUCAGCAGAAGACGAGAAGGUUUAUUUGCUUGGAGAUAGUCGAUCAGGAGGAAUGGAAACAAUUGAUGCUUUGAUUACUCAAAUCAAGCCGACUGUGAUAUUAACGCCCCCUCGAGUGGAUUUAACCAGUAUUCAAGGCGAAAAGCAAAGCCUUGCGCAAGGAAAUGAUUCUUCAUCAUAUCUACCUUACCAAGAGGAUGUUUGUCCCACUCAAGAUUUCAGCUACUCAAACGCAAAGAAAAGAUUGAUUGCCCUCGAUGUAUCAUCUUCUCAUGAAGAUCGACUGCGCUUUUUUGUGCCUCACAGCGGUCUCACGGGACCGGAAGAAGUGGACCCUGACAAUAUGGGAUUUACUCUUCACGAGGGACGCCUUUUACACAUAUCAAGCGCCAUAGACAUCGAAAAUCCUGUAACUAUUGGAUGCGUCGGGGCUAUUCUCACCUAUUUGCAGAAGCGCAGGGCCAUAAGCACCAGUCUGGAACAUGUGGAUAGCUGUGCUUUUCGAGUUAGAUCUCUGGAGAUGUUCAGUCUAAAGGAUACGAUGUGGAUCAACACCAAUGCCCUUUUGUCUCUUCAAAUAAUACAAUCCGAGUUCCAUCCCAACAUGUUCAAUCAAGGCCCAGGGAAGAGAUCGUCCUCCGAGAAAGAAGGUCUUUCGGUUUUUGGUCUCUUUCGCCGGUUUUCAUCCACACCUCAAGGUAGAGCUAAGCUCAAGCAACUAUUUUUCCGGCCAAGCCUCGAUCUUGAUGUCAUUCGAGAAAGACAUGAUUUGAUUGGGAUAUUCUCUCGACCAGAUAACAUGGCCACUCUAGAGAAGAUGACGAAGGCACUGAAGCAUAUCAAAAACCUUCGCCCAGUAAUGACCAAUCUUCACAAGGGAAUCAGCACAGGAAGUGGAAAAACAACCGGUUUCAAAUCCACUGUGUGGGAAACUCUGCUGGCGUUUGCGUUCUAUGCAAUAGAUAUUCAUGUUGCCAUGCAAGAGUUAUCAGGAGCUGAGCAGCUACAAUUAGGACCCAAGGCCUUCCGAGUAUUUGAAGCUGCACAACUGCAUAGAGUCGGAAGAAUGAUCCAAGAGAUCGUUGACAUUGACAAUUCUGAAGAACAGGGAAGAACCGUGGUCAAACAAGGCCUUGAUCGGGAUCUGGACCGCAUGAAAGAUCGGUAUGAUGGUCUGGACAGUCUCCUCAAACACGUAGCCAUUGAGAUUGCAGAGGCCAUUCCAGAAGACCUAGGAAUCGAUGUGAACGUCAUUUACUUCCCUCAGCUGGGGUUUAACAUUGCCAUUCCACUCAAUGACAGGGGCGAAUCUGCAUAUUGUGGUGUUCAUGGUGAUUGGGAACUGGUGUUUAUUACUGAAACCCGGGCUUACUUCAAGGAUUUUCGGAUGAGGGAGUUGGAUGAAAAGCUCGGAGACAUUUACGGGCUCAUCUGCGAGCGAGAAAUUGAGAUGGUGUACGAUUUGGCGCAAAAAAUGCUUCAAUACGAGCAUGUGUUGAUCGAGGCUUCUGAUAUCUGUGGAGAGAUUGAUUGUCACCUCGCUCUUGCACACGCUGCUAGCUUCCAUAAGCUGAUCCGACCAAGGAUGAUACCUGAUAAUCUUAUCAAGAUUAAGGAUGGCCGGCAUCUGCUACAAGAGUUGACCGUGUCUUCAUAUGUUCCAAACGAUACUUUGCUCGUGGGUGGAAUUCAAGAUUCAGACACAGCAAAUCUAUCGGAUGAAUCACCCAGUAUGCUCAUUUUGACUGGGCCCAACUACUCGGGAAAAAGUGUCUAUAUGAAACAGGUUGCACUCAUAGUUUAUCUCGCCCAGAUUGGCAGUUUCGUUCCUGCAGAGAGCGCAGAGCUCGGUAUCACGGACAAGAUCUUAACGAAGAUAAAUACUCAAGAGAGCGUAUCGAAGUUUCAAAGCACCUUCAUGAGCGACUUGCAACAAAUUUCUCUUUGCCUUAAGCAAGUCACUGGGAGAAGCUUGGUACUCAUUGACGAGUUUGGCAAAGGGACAAAUGAGAGCGAUGGUAUUGGUCUUGCUUGUGGAAUAUUCGAACAUUUGCUGAGUCUCGAAGACUCCCCGAAAGUCCUUGCUGCCACGCAUUUCCAUGAAAUAUUCGAAAAUGAUUUUCUUGCCCUGCGCCCAAGGCUGCAGCUGGGACACAUGGAAGUCAAAGUUUGCGAAGAGUCUCAAAAUUUCGAGGAUCAAGUGACGUACCUUUACAACUUUCGAAAGGGGCGCAGUAACAAGAGUUUCGGGGCAGUCUGCGCAGCAAUAAAUGGCAUCGAAACAUCCAUUGUCUCCCGUGCCAAUGAGAUCGCCACACUUGCGGCCCGAGGGGAGAACCUCAUCGCCGCAUGUACCGCUAUAACCCCUGAAGAAAUGGAAGCGCUCCAAAACGCAGAUUCCCUCGCAAGAAAAUUCCUCGAGAUAGACCUCACAAAGGGCGAGGGGCCCCAGCGGGAUGCAAAAACAAUUCUAGAAGAGCUACUCAACUUUACAGAUUAA